UUUCUUUUUCACUUUUUUUUUUAUUAUUCUUUAUUCAGGAUGCCUUCUAAUUCACACUCUCACAAUAAUCGGACUACAGCUACAAGUGUCCUUGUUAUUGGCAUGUUAAUUUCCGGUGUUUGCAAUACAAUUCUCAACAAGUAUCAAGAUAUGCAAUGUGUUGAAAACUGUCAAGCUUUAGAUCCAGCAGAACGACGAUAUUAUGAACAACCUGUUUGGCAAACGUUAAAUAUGUUUGUUGGUGAAGCAUUUGUUUGGACUGUAUACUUCUACCAAAAAUGGCAAAAGAGACGAUCCAAUAUGACAACUUAUUCCUCCCUUACUGAAUACCCUCCUUCCUCUGUGCAACAAAUGGAUGCUUCCGCUAUUAUCGAUGACGUAGUAGAUCAUUCUGCUAAAGAUCAUCCUUCCAACUUACCUUCAUUACAUGGUAUCAAGGCUUUAUUAUUUUGGAUUCCAACUCUUUGUGAUUUGACUGCAACUACGUUGAUGAAUGUAGGAUUGAUCUUGACGUCAGCUAGUGUAUAUCAAAUGCUUCGUGGUGCUGUGGUGAUCUUUACUGGUAUCUUUAGUUAUUUAUUCUUACAUAGACGACUUCGAUUAUUUGAAUGGUUCUCCUUAGUUUGUGUGGUACUUGGUGUAGCGAUUGUUGGAUUAUCAUCCGUCUUAUUUCCUCAAACUCGACCUGGUGUGGAAGAUGGUAUGUCGACUGAUGUGGAUUACUUAUCCUUUGUAGGCGUUCUGAUGGUUUUGGGUGCACAAAUCUUUACAGCAACACAAUUCGUAGUGGAAGAGAAAAUUCUGGCACACUAUAAAGUAACACCUCUCAAGGCAGUGGGAUUAGAAGGCUCCUUUGGUGUGAUCUCGGUUGUUAGUGCUCUACCCAUCUUACAUGUUUUAUUCAGUAAACAAUCCUCUCAUUUUGAUAUGUAUAGAGGUUUCCAUGACUUUUUUGAUCAUCCUGGUGUAUGGCAAACUGGUAUCUUUAUCAGUUUAUCUAUUGCCUUCUUCAAUUGGUUUGGUCUUUCUAUUACGAAUAAUAUUUCUGCUACUGCAAGAAGUACUAUUGAUACCUCAAGAACCUUAUUUAUUUGGAUGGUUUCUAUUUAUCUGGGCUGGGAAAUCUUUUCUUGGAUUCAAGUCAUUGGUUUCAUUAUUAUGGUGACUGGUACCUUUUAUUUCAAUGGAGUAUUACGUUGGCCAUUUGCUCAAGAUGAAUUAGAAGAAGGGGAAACUGAUCGUUUAUUACCAUCUCCAGAAUAGACAUAUAGAUAAUAAUAGAAAUUAUGUUUAUAUAUACAAAUACCAAUAAAAUAAUAUAUAUAUAUAU